AUGCAAGCUCGAAAGAAGAGAGAGAGAGAGAGAGAGAGAGAGAGAGAGAGAGAGAGAACGCAGUGUCUUAUGGGAAUGGAGGAAACCAACUUCCCUAUUUUCUUGAAUGACUGUCAGUCUCUCUAUUUUGCAAACGCUAACGGGUCUCACUCAGUAAGCGUAUAUAACAGCACAGACAAUAAGCGGGUAACUGCCAACCUCCCACCCGUUCGCCACCCUUCUAAACGUUCGCUCUCUUGCCGACAAAUUUGCCCAUUUCCUACCUUUUCUUUUGCCAAUCUUUUGUCUUUAUUUGAAUGUCUUUUUUCUUUCUAUGACAUCGUUAUCUAUCUAGAUUUUUUUUUUUCUUUCUUUUUUCAUUUAAAAUUUUCCGCAAGUUUUAAAUUCCAAUUCUAUUUUUCAUACAUUCUUUUGUCAAAAUUUUUCUUUUUACGUCUUUUGUUUUCUAUCUAUCUAUCUAUCUAUCUAUCUAUCUAUCUAUCUAUCUAUCUAUCUAUCUAUCUAUCUAUCUUUUUUCUUUCUUUCUUAUUCGUUCUUUCAUUCUUUUUUUUUUUUCUUUCUUUCUUUCGUUUCAUGUUUUUUUAUUUUAUUUCAUGUCGUUUUCGUUCGUUCGUUCGUUCUUUCUUUCUUUCUAUUUAUCUUCUUUCCUUCUUUCUUUCGUUUCAUGCCGUUUGUUUCCUAUCUAUCUAUCUAUCUAUCUAUCUAUCUAUCUAUCUAUCUAUCUAUCUAUCUAUCUAUUUUCUUUCUUUCUUUUUCGUUCUUUCUUUCUUUUUCUUUCUUUCUUUCUUUCUUUCUUUUUUCUUUCGUUUCAUGUCGUUUUUUUUUCUUUCUUUUAUUUCAUGUCGUUUUCGUACUUUCUUUCUUUCUAUUUAUCUAUCUAUUUAUCUUCUUUCGUUUCAUUUCGUUUGUUUUCUAUCUAUCUACUUUUUUCUUUUUCUUUCUCUCUUUCUUUGUUUCUUUGUUUCUUUCGUUUCAUGUCGUUUGUUUUCUUUCUUCCUAUCUAUCUAUCUAUCUAUCUAUCUAUCUAUCUAUCUAUCUAUCUAUCUAUGUUUUCUUUCUUUCUUUUUCACCACUUUCUUUUUCCAAUAUAUUCUUAACUUCCAAUUCUACCUUUUAUACUUCUGUCAAAAUUUCUUUCUUUCUUUCUUUCUUUCUUUUUGCGUCUUUUGUUUUCUAUCUAUCUAUCUAUCUAUCUAUCUAUCUAUCUAUCUAUCUAUCUUCCAGUGUCAAUUAAACGUUUUCCAUAAUUUUUACUUCACCCCCUCUGAUUUCUUUUAUUCAAUUUCCAAGUCUUUCUUUCCCUCUUCAUCCUUCAAGCCUACAUUCCUUUCCUUCUUGCUUUAA